UUUUUUUCAACAAUCUCUGGAUACUUAGUGCUGAGCUGGUAAAGUAAAGAACAGUCUGACAUUGAAAGUUGGCGGAGUGGCCCUCAGGAUGUCAGGAUCAUUGCAUCUGAUGCACAAGCAGCAGGAGCAUCAUCACAAGGAGCAGCAGCAGCAGCAGCACUAUGAGAGCAGCUAUUACCUCAGCACCAGGUCAUCUGUUAGCAAGAAGUCUUACUCGUCUCAAAAGAGCAGCCAUGGCGUGAAGGUUACUGUGCAGACAAAGAAGGGGCAGAAGGAGGUCGAAUUGAGUCCACUACCCAAGAGAGCCAAGCGCCCCUACCUGGCCAUGGACACAGACAACGAAAUCAUCGGCUAUGUCGUUCCCGUAUUUAGAGCCAAUCAUGAAGCAGUCCGGGGUCUGAUGGAGGCCCAGCACGAGGAGGUGAGAGAGGAGGGCGUUAACUAUGUGGCCAUGAGGAACCUGUUUAUCAGGGAGGCCAGGGAGGCCAUGGAGGUCAAGGUGGAAAAGAAAACGAGGAAGAGGCACGUCAUCGAAUCUGUUGAACGAAUGGCACUGGGCAGGACGUUGGAUGAGUGGACAGAGUUCCGCAAGAAAAUGAACCCCGACUGUCUGACCCACCGUCCCGAGUUUGUUGUGAAGCCCCGUGGACAGACUGUCUGGGAAGGCAAGAACGUUACACUGCACUGCACCGUGGCCGGGUGGCCCAAACCCAGGAUCGCCUGGUACAAAAACAACUUGCUGAUUGAUGCCAAGGCCCACUCUGAGAAGUACACAGUGGAGAGCAAUUACAACAUGCACUCCCUGGAGAUCAAGAACUGUGAUUUCUUUGACACUGCCCAGUAUCAUGCCUCUGUCCUCAACGUGAAGGGGGAGGUGUCUUGUGCGGCCACUGUUGUUGUUAAAAGGUUCCAAGACGGUGAGAUACCAGGCCCUUUUGAUCCUAAACCACAUGGUUUCAGCCCUGAGCACGGUGUUACCUUUGAGACCACCAUCCUUGACAAAUUCGAAGUGGCCUUCGGCAAUGAGGGCGAGACAUUGAGCGUGGGCUGCACUGUCAUCAUUUAUCCCACCAUCAAGCAAUACCAGCCUGAGGUCGUGUGGUACAGAGACUCUGUGGCCUUGAAGCCCUCCAAGUGGGUGCACACCCACUGGAGCGGGGACCGUGCCACCCUGACUCUUGUCCACCUCAACAAGGAAGAUGAGGGCAUGUACACCCUGCGUGUCAACACCAAAUCUGGCUUUGACACCUACUCUGCAUAUGUGUUUGUCAGAGAUGCCGAAGUGGAGAUGGAGGGGGUUCCCGUGGCCCCCCUAGAUGUGCAUUGUCAUGAUGCCAACAAGGACUAUGUGGUGGUAACCUGGAAGCAGCCAGCGGUGGAGGGCAGCAGCUCCAUCCUUGGAUAUUACAUUGAUAGGUGUGAAGUGGGAACCCACCACUGGGCACAGUGUAACGAUUCCCCUGUCAAGUAUGCCCGCUUCCCUGUCACAGGGCUGGUGGAGGGCCGUUCUUACGUCUUCAGGGUGCGGGCUCUGAACAGGGCAGGAGUCAGCCGUCCCUCCCGUGUCUCUGAGCCCAUCGUAGCCAUGGAUCCCUCUGACAGGGCUCGCCUCAGAGCUGGACCCUCAGCUCCUUGGACUGGGAUGAUCAAAUUCACAGAGGAGGAUCCCACCGUCGGUGUGAUCCCUGGAGAGCCCAGUGAUGUUGUGGUUACCGAGGCAACCAAGAGCUAUGUGGUGCUGGGCUGGAAGCCCCCUAUCCAGAGAGGCCACGAGGGGGUCAUGUAUUACAUUGAGAAGUGUAUUGAAGGAACAGACCAGUGGCAGAGGGUCAACACAGGUAUGCCAGUCAAGUCUCCCCGCUAUGCCCUGUUUGACCUGGCAGAAGGCAAAGCCUACAGCUUCCGUGUGCGCUGCUGUAACUCCGCCGGUGUGGGGGAGCCCUCUGCGCCCACGGAAGACAUCACUGUCGGAGACAAACUCGAGCUGCCCUCUGCCCCAGGCAGUGUAGUGGUCACCAGGAACACUGACACCUCAGUGGUGAUCUUCUGGGAGGCAUCUAAGGAAGUUAAACACCUGGUUGGCUACUAUAUUGAAUGUUGUGUGGUGGGCACUGACGUCUGGGAGCCUUGCAACAACAAGCCUGUCAAGAAGACCAGGUUUGUGUGCCAUGGCCUGAGUACCGGGGUAAACUACAUUUUCAGGGUGAAAGCCAUCAACGCUGCUGGAUACAGCCAGAGCUCCCCUGAGUCUGAAGCUGUGGUUGUGAAGCAUGCCGUCGCCGUCCCUGAUAAUGUCACUGGUGUGACCCUGCUGGAGGCUGCCAAGGACUACAUGAUGCUGGGCUGGAAGGAGCCUGCCCACAAUGGAGGCGCCGAUGUCCGAGGCUACUUUUUGGACUACAGGACAGUGAAAGGAGGAGUGGUUGGAAAAUGGCAUGAAAUGAACCUGCAGGCAGUGACCAGCACCUCCUAUAAAGCGGAGAACCUGAAGGAGAACGUCUUCUACCAGUUCCAGGUGCGCGCUAUGAACAUGGCAGGUGUGAGCAAACCAUCUUCACCCAGUGUCGCUCUGGAGUGCAAGGAAUGGACCAUCACCGUGCCAGGGCCUCCAACUGGUCUUCAUGUGCUGGAGGUCCGGGACACCUCUGCCGUGGUCCUGUGGGAGCCACCAGUGUUUGAUGGCCGCUCCCCUGUCAACGGAUACUAUCUGGACCUUAAGGAGGCCUCGGCUGGAGAUGAAGGCUGGAAGGCCGUCCAUGAGAAGGUCAACAAGCUGAAGUACAUGAAGGUGACCAGUCUCAAGGCUGGUGCAUCCUACGUCUUCCGUCUGCGUGCUCAAAAUCUUGCUGGCGUUGGAAAGCCCUCAGCAGUCUUAGGUCCAAUCCUGGCCCAGACUCGCCCUGGUACCCAUGAGAUUGUUGUGGAUGUUGAUGAUGAUGGUGUGAUCUCUAUGAUCUUCGAGUGCUCCGAGAUGGCCGAGGGCUCCGAAUUUAUUUGGUCCAAGAACUACCAGGCUAUCACCGACACCUCUCGCCUGACCAUUGUCAAUGAACGGGGCAAAUCCAGAGCUAUCUUCAAUGAUCCCUCCCUGGAGGAUCUCGGCACCUUCUCCUGUGUGGUCACCAACACCGACGGCAUCUCCUCCAGCUACACACUCACUGAGGAGGGUCUCAAACGUCUUCUGGAUAUCAGCCACGACCACAAAUUCCCUGUUAUUCCCUUCAAGACUGACAUGGCCAUUGACUUGCUUGAGAAGGGUUGUGUUCGAAUCUGGACCCAGGUGGAGAAGUUCACCUCUGCCUGCCAAGUGGAGUAUGUUUUCAACGAUGCCAUCAUUACUCAGGGAAAGAAAUAUACAAUGAACUUUGACAAGAGCACCGGCAUCAUUGAGAUGUUCAUGGACUCUCUGGAGGUCACUGAUGAGGGAACUUUCACCUUUAACCUGGUGGAUGGCAAGGCCAAGGGCACAAUCAGUCUGGUGCUCAUUGGAGAAGAGUUCAGGGAGCUGCAGAAGAAAUCUGAAUUCGAGAGGGCAGAAUGGGUCAGGAAACAAGGUCCUCACUUCGUUGAGUACCUUGACUUCGCUGUUACUCCCGAGUGUGAUGUGCUGCUGAAGUGCAAGAUAGGAAACGUCAAACCAGAGACAGAGAUUUUCUGGUACAAGGACGGCAACGAGAUCGCAGAGGAAGAUGAGGAGGCCAACAAAAUCGGAAGACAGAACGGCUCGCUGACCUUCAACAUUGGAAAGAUCUCCAAGAAGGACGCAGGCAUCUACGAGGUCGAGCUGAGGGAUGAGAGAGGCAAAGAUAAGAGCAUGUUUAAUCUCACCGAUGCAGGCUACCAGGCUGUCAUGAAUGAGCUGUUCAGAGUUAUUGCCAACUCCUCCACUGAAAUCAAAGUGCUCAGUACCGAGCACGGCAUCGUGCUCCACUCCUUUGUCACAUAUUACACUGAAGAACAGCGCGUCGGCUGGCUCCACAAAGAUGCAAAGAUUGCCACCUCCGAGAGAGUUAAGGCUGGAGUCACAGGCGAGCAGCUUUGGCUUAAGAUCAAUGAGCCCACCGAGAAGGACAAGGGCAAAUACACCAUGGACAUCUUUGAUGGCAAGGACGGCGUUAAGAGGGUCUUUGAUCUCUCUGGCAAGGCAUGGGAAGAGGCAUUCGAAGAAUUCCAGAGGCUGAAGGCGGCAGCCAUCGCAGAGAGAAACCGUGCUCGUGUCAUUGGAGGCUUGCCAGAUGUGGUUGCAAUCCAGGAGGGCAAGUCCCUGAACCUGACUGGCAACGUCUGGGGCGACCCUGUACCUGAGGUGAGCUGGGUGAAGAACGAGAGGGAACUGUUGCCUGAUGACCACUAUUCGCUCAAGUUUGAACACGGCAAGUUUGCCAGCAUCACCAUUGCUGCCGUCACCACGGCUGACUCUGGCAAAUACGCCCUGCUGGUCAAGAACAAGUACGGAACGGAGGCCGGCGAGUUCACCGUCAGCGUCUACAUCCCAGAAGACGAGGAAAGCAAGGAGGAGGGCAAGGAGUAAAGGACGAUGCAAUGUAACGAGAGAAAGCAGGAAAGAUGAAUGGCUGGGCUAUCUUCAAAGCAUUUACCCCCCUGCAUACCUGUGUACCUAAGCAGUCUAAAUAAAUGAUGAAUCUGGGGAGAAAAUGACAACGCUUCCUUCUGCCUCUUACAUGUGCUGGGCUAAAGAGCUUUGGGCAUUGCUGGUCAUGGAUGCAAACAAGGAUGGUGGUGCGGAGAGGGUAUUUGUGUGCUUGUAGUUGCUUGAAAUGUCUUCUGUCACUUUGGGCUGCCGUCAGCAGUUUAUGUGUAACCAUGGGAGAUGGUUUCGGACUUUAAUCUUUGUUAAACAUAAAAGCAAACAUGUUGCUGUUGUUGCGGCAGCUGUCAUGUUAAAAUAUUACAGUAUAACAUUUGGGUAACCUCUCAAACCAAAUCGACCCUAUUGU